AUGACUAGCCAAGGCCCUCUAACAGCCUACCUGCUAGCAAGCACCCCCAAUGCGCUCAAACGCGCAACAACCCACCCCUUCCUCGCCUCCGCAGGCCGCGGCACCCUCCCAAAAUCCCAAUUAAGCCAAUGGCUCUCCCAAGACCGACUAUACGCCCAAUCCUACGUCCGGUUCAUAGGCCUCCUCCUCUCAAAAAUCCGCCUCCCAACCCAAAACCCAACCUCAACAGGCCCGCACCUCCAAACGCCAGAAUUCAACGCCAUAAACGUCCUCAUCGAUGCCCUAGUCAACAUCCGCGCAGAACUCGCCUUCUUUGAAAAAACUGCAAAUGACUACUCCCUCGAUCUAACAGCCAUCUCUGCGGAAGAAGGAGGCUGUGCACUCACUUCCUGCGGCUUGGGCACUGACAUCACAACCUCGGCGGGAAUAUCCACCUCCGGCUCCGGAAGCUGUCCUGGCAUUUCAGGUGGCGAGGAAGAAGGACCCACACCGGGCAACGGGAAUGGGAACGUGAGCACGGGCGGAGGUGCUUCUCUUGCAUCGACUGACGAGACGAGCAGUGCUCCUGGCCACGGCCUGUGUCUUAGUCAGGGGGAGUGCCAGAUGCCGUCUGACGGGGAUGUUUGUGUUCCUGGACCUCAGUUCAAUGAAACUGGAAGGGGCGUUGAGCCUGCUGCUGUUGGUGGGGAUGUUAAAGGCAAAGUUGGGGUUCAGGGCAGUGGUGAGCGCUGUGGGACCAUUUUCUUCUGUGCGAGUCGGACGACAAGAGCAUACAUUGAUAUGUUUAUGUCUGCUGGGAGUGGUGGGGUUUCUGUUUUGGAGGGGUUGGCCGUGUUGUGGGCUACGGAGAUUUGUUAUCUACGGUCUUGGAGGUUUGCAGCUAAGUGUAUGGCUGAGGAUGGGGAGAAGGAUUAUAGGAAGGAUGCGGACGGGGGUGCGUUGAGGGAGCAGUUUAUAAAGAAUUGGACGAGUGUUGAGUUUGAGGGAUUUGUUGAUCGGAUUGGCGAUGUUGUUGAUGAGAUGGCGGGGCAGAUCAAAGGGGCGGAGGAGUUGGAGAUUAUGCGGGGAAGGUGUUUAGAGUGGUGGAGGCAGAUUGUUUGGUUGGAGGAGAAUUUUUGGCCGACUGUUGCUGAAUGA